AUGGUGGCGAACCGGCUUAAAUUGGUUCUUCCUCAAUCAAUUUCUCCUUUUCAAAGUGCGUUUGUGCCAGGGAGAUUAAUCACUGAUAAUAUUCUGGUGGCUAAUGAGAUUGCUCAUUUUGUUCAUAAUAAAAGAGAAGGGAGUGACGGUUUUAUGGCAUUGAAGCUUGAUCUUAGUAAAGCUUACGAUAGGAUGGAAUGGUCUUUUCUCCGAAAGGUGUUGGUUCGGUUUGGGUUUGCACAAAACUGGAUUGACAUGGUGAUGGAGUGUGUCAGUUCGGUGAGAUAUUCGUUCUUGAUUCGUGGGAAGCCGCGGGGCUUUGUUUGUCCGAGCAGAGAUGAUAGUAUGCUUUAUGCGAAGGCGUCAUUGGAGGCUUGUUAUGAGAUUAAGGAUGUCAUUGAGACAUAUGGGAGAGCUUCAGGGCAGUUGGUGAAUUUGAGCAAAAGUUCUGUUGUAUUUAGCAAGAAUGUUUCGGAGGAGACGAAGGAGGUUGUCUCUAGUUUAUUGGGAGUGGAAGUGGUGGCGUCACAUGAAAAAUAUCUGGGGCUUCCUACUUAUGUGGGGAGAAAGAAGUCUGCUACUUUCCAGUACAUUAAAGAUAACUUGGCCAAGAAGAUAGAGGGUUGGCAGGGGAAGAUGUUGAGUGGGGCUGGGAAGGAUAUCCUGAUCCGAGUAGUUGCUCAAGCUUUACCAGCCUAUGCCAUGAGUGUGUUCCAAUUGACAAAUAAUUUUUGUGAGGACUUGGAACAGAUGUUUGCCCGCUUUUGGUGGGGGUCUACUUUGGAUAAGCAGAAAAUACAUUGGAAGACCUGGAAGGCUCUGUGUAAUCCAAGGGAGGAAGGCGGUUUGGGAUUCCGGAGUCUUAUGCAUUUCAACUCGAUCUGUAACGGGGAGGAGGUCAAUAUAUGGUCUGACUGUUGGGCUCCUGCUUUGCAUGAGGGGAGGCCGAGUACCAAUGUUUUAGCAAUGGAGGAAGUUAGCAAAGUGAGUGAUUUGUUGUCAACUACGGGGGUUUGGAAUGAGGCUCUGAUUCGGAGGCUUUUUGGGAGGGAGGAGGCAGAAAUUAUUUUAAACAUUCCUCUUAGUUGCAGAAAUAUACCAGAUAGGUUGAUAUGGAAGUUGGAAAGGAAGGGUGAGUUUUCUGUUAAAACUGCUUACCGGUUUUCUUUUUUUCACUCUUCUUGUCGUAGUCCUUUUACUCUGGCGGUGAAUGGGGAUUUCUGGAAAAGGAUUUGGAAAGUUCUGAUUCCUAAUGCAGCUAAGGUUUUUGCAUGGAGAGUUUGUCAUGACAUUCUACCUUCCUUGGACAGGCUAGCUUCAAGAUCUGGGGAUUUUGAUUUUUCUAUUGUGGAGUAUUUGGAAGGAGAGAAAUUCACGAGUUUGGGAAGGUCCUCAAUUACUUUUUCCAUUGAUCAUGGUUUCAUUCCAGCUAUCUUGGAAACUGAUGCACAAGAGGUGCAACGUCAGCUAACUGCCCAAGUGAGCAAUAAUUCUUCGGCUUUGGGACGUUUAUAUGAGGAUCUCAGUUUAAUGUUGGCUUCCCAUAAUAGCUUGCAAGUUAAUUAUGUUAGUAGGAAGGCUAAUGUAGUGGCCCAUAUGUUAGCUGCACAUGGGAGUAGUAUGAUGCAAGAUUGUUUUUAUUUUUCAGUUCCUAGUUUUCUAGCAGCUGCUAUUGCAGCUGAGGUUCCUGUGAUGUAA